AUGGCCCAGAAGCACCCCGGAGAAGGAGGCUUGUGUGGAGCCCACCACAGUGGUGGUGCCUCCCUCAGGACUCCAGAACCCUCUGUGGACCCUGAAAUACUUUCAUUCUCAGGACUCAGGGACUCAGCUGGGCCUGCUGCUAAUGGUACCCGCUGCCUCAGAGAGCACUCUAGUCCUAAGUACACACAGCCCCCAAAUCCAGCCCGCUGGUCAGAUCCAAGCCAUGGCCCCCCAAGGGGUCCAGGACCCCCUAGGGAUGGAGAGGACCCUGAUCAGAGUGAAGCAUCUUCAGAAGAGUCAGGAUUGGACCAGGAACUCUCAAGAGAGAAUGAGGCUGGGUACCAGGAGGAUGGGAACCCUUCUUUUCUUUCCAUUCCAUCUGCUUGUAACUGCCAGGGAACCCCUGGAAUCCCUGAAGGGCCUGAGGGAGGAGAUAGGUCUUCUGGCAGCUUUUGCCACCAUUGUACCUCUCCAGCUUUCGGGGAAGAUGAAGAGUUGGAAGAGGAAUAUGAUGAGGAGGAACCUCUUAAGUUUCCCAGUGAAUUUUCACGUGUGCCCAGUGGAAAGAAACCUGCACCCCGGAGACAACAGCACCACGUUCCAGCCGAGGAGGAUACUCGGGAGGGUGGACGCAGAGAUCCCAGAUCCCCUGGUCCACAUCGGCUGGGUCGGGAACAGUGUCAGGCAGAUAAGCACAGAGAACUGGGAUUGUGGGGAGCAGAGGAAUUGUGUCAGCUUGGACAGGCAGGCUUCUGGAGGCUGAUGGAACUACUGGUAUUAGUGGGGGAGUAUGUGGAAACUUGCGGCCAUCUCAUCUAUGCAUGCAGGCAGCUGAAAGGUAGUGAUCUGGACCUUUUCCGUGUCUGGGUGGGAGUCUGGGCAGGGCGGCUGGGGGGCUGGGCCCAGGUCAUGGUCCAAUUUCUGAGCCAGGGGUUUCGCUAUGGGGCAGGGCUGUUCACCCGUUUUCUUAGGCUGCUGGGUGCUUUCCUUCUCCUGGCUCUGGCCCUUUUGUUGGGCUAUCUACAGCUGGGCUGGUGGUUUCUGGUAGGACUGAGUGACGGGUUAGGCUGGAGGAGUAAAGCUACCUGCCUCUUCUCUUGGCUAGCUUCUCCCACCUGGCAGCAGUGCCUUAUUCUGCUGAGAGUUAGCAGGCCGUGGCAGCAGCUGGUAAUAGUUCAGUGGGGUUGGCUGGAGUUACCUUGGGUCAAGCAGAGGACCAAUAGGCAGAUGAAUGCUCCUGUAGCUAGUGGUCGCUGCUGCCAGCCUGAAGAGGAAGUGGCUCGACUCUUGACCAUGGCUGGGGUUGCUGAGGAUGAACUAAACCCUUUUCAUGUGUUGGGGGUUGAAGCCACAGCAUCAGAUGUUGAGCUGAAGAAGGCCUGUAGGCAGCUGGCAGUGAUGGUUCAUCCUGACGAAAAUCAUCAUCCCCGGGCUGAGGAGGCCUUCAAGGUUUUGCGAGCAGCUUGGGACAUUAUCAGCAACCCUGAAAGACAGAAGGAAUAUGAGAUGAAGUGAAUGGCCGAGAAUGAGCUGAGCCAGUCAGUGAGUGAGUUUCUGUCCAAGCUGCAGGAUGACCUCAAAGAAGCAAUGAACACCAUGACGUGCAGCCGAUGCCAGGGAAAGCAUAGGAGGUUUGAGAUGGACCGGGAACCUAAGAGUGCCAGGUACUGUGCUGAGUGUUGUAAUAGGUUGCCUCUUGCUGAGGAAGGAGACUUUUGGGCAGAGUCAAGCAUGUUGGGCCUCAAGAUCACCUACUUUGCGCUGAUGGAUGGAAAGGUGUAUGAGAUCACAGAGCGGGCUGGAUGCCAGCGUGGGGGAAUCUCCCCAGAUACCCAUAGAGUCCCCUAUCACAUCUCAUUUGGUUCGCGGAUGCCAGGCACCAGUGGGCAGCAGAGAGCUGCCCCAGAUGCCCCUCCUGCUGACCUUCAGGAUAUCUUGAGCCGGAUCUUUCAAGUACCCCCAGGCCAGAUGUCCAACGGGAAUUUCUUUGCAGCUCCUCAGCCAGGUUCUGGGGCCACUGCAGCCUCCAAGCCCAACAGCACAGUACCCAAGGGAGAGGCCAAACCGAAGCGGCGGAAGAAAGUGAGGAGGCCCUUCCAAUGUUGA